GUAUAUGCCUGGCGGGGUUGUUGAAUGUUAGGUCAAAGGAGCGACACCUACAUCACGUCUAUCCGUCAUUGCUCUAUCAUUCCAUCGAACAGCUCGACGAUGAAUUCAGUAGAGAGUCGCGGGUGCAAACAAUUACUAUGUUUGUUAAGUGGAGAAGACCUGGUGUCACUGAAAGACACGGUAGUGGGACGCCACAUCGCUGUGGACGACGACCAGAUUGUAAAAGUAAUCAUCAGAAGCUCUUCAAGUGCACAAGAACUGUUGCAACGCCAAAGAGUCCGAAAAGACAUUCUUAAAGAAUAUCUUAUAUCUAGGUCUGUCAUUCCAUUAUCAACAGCAACAAAACCUGAACUGGUUCAAAAAGUAUUGGAUUACUGGAGUUCCCUCCGUGAGCAUGAGGCCACUGGGUCUAACAGAAAAUGGACAACACCUCUUAAGUCGCCUUCAACAUCAGGAACAAUCGCUGUUUCAAGCCAGCUGCUACAAGCGACACUUUCAAAUAGAGAUUCCCAGGCCACUGCAUCUAGCAGAAAUUGGGUAACACCUAAGUCGCCUUCAACAUCAGAAACAUUCACUGUUUCAAGCCAGCUACUACAAGCAACACUUUCAAAUAGAGGUUCCCAGGAAACUUCAUCUAACAGUACCUGGGCUGCACCUACUUCAUGGCCUACAGCAUCAGGAACAUUCACUGUUUCAAGCCAUCUACUACAAGUGACGCUUCCAAAUACAGGUUUCCAAGAAAAACAGAAUGAAGGAAGUUCAACAAAUCAAGUGUUUGGCGAGAGCUUUAUUAGAUGGUUUUACAGACUACUCAACGCUGAGAAUCCAGCCGUACCACCUGUCUUUGAAAGGGAUACAUUUGGACCUCAGCAUUUUUGGGAGAACUGCUCAAUGAGGAUCAUCAGCAAAACUUCAAACAGAUCAGACCAAACAUUCACAGGUAGGGUGUUGGUCUCAAACCGUUUGAAAGAACUUGCCAGAGAUGAACGCCUCCUAUUCCACCCAAAUGUCAGUAUGGAAGGUGUUCGUACAAUGAAAAGUUCUUAUGGACCCUUCAUAUUGAUGGUGUGUGGAACUAUUCAUCACAGUAAUGCUUGUCUCGGCAUCUUUCACCAGCUGUUUGGCCUUGUCUGUGACCCUUUACAAGACAAUAUCUGGAAAAUUCAGGUCACUCAGCUGCUUGUAGAGAGCUUGGAUGAUGCAAGUGUCACUCCUAGAUUAAGUAUUGCAGCAGAUCAAGACAUGCUUGCUGUUGCACAAGUCCUCGAUCAUGAGGUCAUUAUUAUCUACUGCUUCUACUUUUUCUGGGAUCUCUUGGGUUGACAUCCAUCUCCAAGUACAAUUCAAGAAAUAACUCAGUAGUGGAAAGUCUACAUCUCAACUAAGGUAAUCCAUGAAAACCCAUAGUGUGUUGGAAAGAUACCAUCUCCUGCAGUGGUGGUACUCUGAACUGUUGUCAAGAAGCCAUAGGUGGGUGGGUGGAGCACGGCUGCAGCUGGCUUUGACAGGGGCCACAGGCAUCAGGUUGUGCAAAUCGAGGCACCUGAGGAUGAAAGCUGCUCACCUUCUGUGUAGUAACAGUAGCUUACUGCCCAGGAGAGGCUGGUGGGUGCAGGACACCUGCCCAGUGGCUGGGAGGAGGCACAACAAAGUACAUUCAGAACACACAACAAUAGUCAACUCUUCUCCUGCAAUGUUGUUUUAUUUGACAUGUUGUAUUAAUCACAGUGUAUUUGACACACAUUUCAGAGGGAAAUAUUUCACUGGUUAUUUACACGCGCAUGGUGUUAUGACAUAUUUCAAACAUCUCCAGCAGCAGCAGGACAUGCAGCGAUUCUAGAAGUUUAGUUGCUGCGAUUCCUUCAGUACAGGUACUAAUAAAGGUUUUAGAAGAGUGGGUAAUGUGCCCUUUAGUUUUUAAUCUGUUAGUUACUUUGUGAAUAAUUGAUGAUUAAUUAAUAAUUAUGCAUAAAUGCAAGAUCCCUUCAAAGCUUCCAGGACUUUCCCCCCCCCCCCCCCCAUCUGUCACACUGAGAAAGUAAGUUAUAAAGCUGACGUCUAAGUUGUAAUUUACAAUAACCUAUAUAGCUAACUGUUCAUUGCAUCAGGUUUUCCACCUCUGGUUUUUAUUGAAAUUAUUAUUUGUGGCAACAUGAAAAUGUACUGUCAUAUGUGUGGUGCAAAAGAGUAAAAGCAUUUAAUUAUUGCUUAUUAAUAAUGCAGAUUUUACCUAUGUUGCCUGUGAAAUGUUCACUUCUAAAAUAGAGACGGCAUUUAUCUGAAUGAUUGAUUCUUCCGUGUGUAAACAAAAAUAGCCUAUAGAUACUACAGAAUCACAUAAAAUACAAAAACUUCUUUUAAGUUGAACAGACUAGUUCCCAUAGCAUGAUAUUAUAUAUCUGCUGCCAGAUGCAAUAUUAGUCUUCGCAUGCAAAAAUUCAACUACCCACAAGGCAUAUGGCAUGUUGUUAGACACUAAAAGAUGUGAAUUAGAGGUGUCAAAACUAAAUGUUUUAAAUGGGACUGAAUAUAUAGAGUGAGUAGUGGUAAGAAACUGUACCUUAAACUGUAGAUUUUUUUUGGCUAAUGACCACAAAUCUGUAAAGAUAAUAUACUGAUUGUGCAAGUGUGUGAGAGAGAGAGAAAGAGAGAAAAGAAAGAAGAUUCUGACAAUAUAUUAUGUGUCCUGGUACACCGAUAGGAAUCAGGAUCUCCAAAACUACCUUUCUGAAUUUCCUAGCACAGAUGACCUUAAGAGUGAAAGUAAAUCGAACACCAGUGUUGUCUUGCAUGUCAUUGCUUUGUGUGUGUGAUGGUCAGGCCAACCCCCUGCAUUCUCUGAUAUCAAAUGGCAGUUCUACUAAACAUUUGAACUGGUAUUAACCUAAAGCUAAAUACUAGCAGAUGUGUAUUCCUGUCCUUUGCAGGUCAUCUGCAAAUCAAAAUUCUUUAAACUGAUCUCAACCAUUUGGUUAAAGCUUUAUAAAACAGAUAAAUUCAGAGGAUUUCAAAAUGUCU